GAAGGCAGACGCGAGAGCAUCGGCGGUCCGGAACCGGCCUUGGAACAACGGCGGAGCCUGAGGCCGCUUUCCCUCCCGCCCCAUGGAGCGGCCCCCGGGGCUGCGGCCGGGCGCGGGCGGGCCCUGGGAGAUGCGGGAGCGGUUGGGCACCGGCGGCUUCGGGAACGUCUGUCUGUACCAGCAUCGGGAACUUGAUCUCAAAAUAGCAAUUAAGUCUUGUCGCCUAGAGCUAAGUACCAAAAAUAGAGAACGAUGGUGCCACGAAAUCCAGAUUAUGAAGAAGUUGAACCAUGCCAACGUUGUAAAGGCCUGUGAUGUUCCUGAAGAACUGAAUAUUUUGAUUCAUGAUGUGCCUCUUCUAGCAAUGGAAUACUGUUCUGGAGGAGAUCUCCGAAAGCUGCUAAACAAACCAGAAAAUUGUUGUGGACUUAAAGAAAGCCAGAUACUUUCUUUACUAAGUGAUAUAGGGUCUGGGAUUCGAUAUUUGCAUGAAAACAAAAUUAUACAUCGAGAUCUAAAACCUGAAAACAUAGUUCUUCAGGACGUUGGUGGAAAGAUAAUACAUAAAAUAAUUGAUCUGGGAUAUGCCAAAGAUGUUGAUCAAGGAAGUCUGUGUACAUCUUUUGUGGGAACACUGCAGUAUCUGGCCCCAGAGCUCUUUGAGAAUAAGCCUUACACAGCCACUGUUGAUUAUUGGAGCUUUGGGACCAUGGUAUUUGAAUGUAUUGCUGGAUAUAGGCCUUUUUUGCAUCAUCUGCAGCCAUUUACCUGGCAUGAGAAGAUUAAGAAGAAGGAUCCAAAGUGUAUAUUUGCAUGUGAAGAGAUGUCAGGAGAAGUUCGGUUUAGUAGCCAUUUACCUCAACCAAAUAGCCUUUGUAGUUUAAUAGUAGAACCCAUGGAAAACUGGCUACAGCUGAUGUUGAGUUGGGACCCUCAGCAGAGAGGAGGACCUGUUGACCUUACUUUGAAGCAGCCGAGAUGUUUUGUACUAAUGGAUCACAUUUUGAAUUUGAAGAUAGUACACAUCCUAAAUAUGACUUCUGCAAAGAUAAUUUCUUUUCUGUUACCACCUGAUGAAAGUCUUCAUUCACUACAGUCUCGUAUUGAGCGUGAAACUGGAAUAAAUACUGGUUCUCAAGAACUUCUUUCAGAGACAGGAAUUUCUCUGGAUCCUCGGAAACCAGCCUCUCAAUGUGUUCUAGAUGGAGUUAGAGGCUGUGAUAGCUAUAUGGUUUAUUUGUUUGAUAAAAGUAAAACUGUGUAUGAAGGGCCAUUUGCUUCCAGAAGUUUAUCUGAUUGUGUAAAUUAUAUUGUACAGGAUAGCAAAAUACAGCUUCCAAUUAUACAGCUGCGUAAAGUGUGGGCUGAAGCAGUGCACUAUGUGUCUGGACUAAAAGAAGACUACAGCAGGCUCUUUCAGGGACAAAGGGCAGCAAUGUUAAGUCUUCUUAGAUAUAAUGCUAACUUAACAAAAAUGAAGAACACUUUGAUCUCAGCAUCACAACAACUGAAAGCUAAAUUGGAGUUUUUUCACAAAAGCAUUCAGCUUGACUUGGAGAGAUACAGUGAGCAGAUGACGUAUGGGAUAUCUUCAGAAAAAAUGCUAAAAGCAUGGAAAGAAAUGGAAGAAAAGGCCAUCCACUAUGCUGAGGUCGGUGUCAUUGGAUACCUGGAGGAUCAGAUUAUGUCUUUGCAUGCUGAAAUCAUGGAGCUACAGAAGAGCCCCUAUGGAAGACGUCAGGGAGACUUGAUGGAAUCUCUGGAACAGCGUGCCAUUGAUCUAUAUAAGCAGUUAAAACACAGACCUUCAGAUCACUCCUACAGUGACAGCACAGAGAUGGUGAAAAUCAUUGUGCACACUGUGCAGAGUCAGGACCGUGUGCUCAAGGAGCUGUUUGGUCAUUUGAGCAAGUUGUUGGGCUGUAAGCAGAAGAUUAUUGAUCUACUCCCUAAGGUGGAAGUGGCCCUCAGUAACAUCAAAGAAGCUGAUAAUACUGUCAUGUUCAUGCAGGGAAAAAGGCAGAAAGAAAUAUGGCAUCUCCUUAAAAUUGCCUGUACACAGAGUUCUGCCCGGUCCCUUGUAGGAUCCAGUCUAGAAGGUGCAGUAACCCCUCAGACGUCAGUAUGGCUGCCCCCGACUUCAGCAGAACAUGAUCAUUCUCUGUCAUGUGUGGUAACUCCUCCAGAUGGAGAUACUUCAGCACAAAUGAUAGAAGAAAAUUUGAACUGCCUUGGCCAUUUAAGCACUAUUAUUCAUGAGGCAAAUGAGGAACAGGGCAAUAGUAUGAUGAAUCUUGAUUGGAGUUGGUUAACAGAAUGAGUUAUCACUUGUUCACUGUCCCCAAACCUAUGGAAGUUGUUGCUAUACAUGUUGGAAAUGUGUUUUUCCCCCAUGAAACCAUUCUUCAGACAUCAGUCAAUGGAAGAAAUGGCUAUGAACAGAAACUACAUUUCUACUAUGAUCAGAAGAACAUGAUUUUACAAGUAUAACAUUUUUGAGUAAUUUAAGCCUCUAAACUGACAGAAAUUUAUAAAAAGUCAAUGUACUUGUUUGAAUAUUUGUUUUAAUACCACAGCUGUUUAGGAGCAUCAUCAUGACACAUUUGUGCCUUCAAUCUUGGUAAAACAUUACUUACUUAACUGAUUUAAAAUGCCUUCUAUGUAUUAGUUUCCACUUUUAACUGUUGGGCAUAAGGCCAGAUGUAGUUUUGUAUACAGAGAAGAAAACUUCAACUAAUAGGCAUUUUAAGUAAAAGUUGUCUAUGUUUUUUCUAAAAAGGCUGCUCACAAGUUUUAUUUCUUGAAUAAAUUCUACCUCCUUGUGUUGCACUGAACAGGUGCUCUUCCUGGCAUCAUAAGGAGUUGGUGUAAUCAUUUUAAAUUCUACUAAAAAUUAACAGUAUUCCCUUCUUACUGAAGGGAUUGUGUAUCUAUGCUUCUAAUAUUAGUUGGCUUUCAUAAAUCAUGUUAUGUGUAUAUGUAUUUAAGAUGUACAUUUAAUAGUGUCAAAGAGAAGAUGCCUGUUAAUUUAUAAUGUAUUUGAAAAUUACAUGUUUUUUCAUUUGUAAAAAUGAGUCAUUUGUUUAAACAAUCUUUCAUGUCUUGUCACACAAAUUUAUAAGGGUCUGCAAUCCUUUAUCUGUAAUUGUAAUUCCAAAAUCCAAAAAGCUCUGAAAACAAGGUUUCCAUAAGCUUGGUGACAAAACUCGUUUGCUUGCAAUCUAAUCUGAACUGACCUUGAAUCUUUUUACCCCAUUUAGUGUGACUAUUCCUUUAUUUUGCUGCUUGAUGAUGAGAGGGAGGGCUGCUGCCACAGACUCUGAUGAGGGCUGGUUAAUGUAGUAUGGUAUAUGCACAAAAUUACUUUUCUAACAUCUAAAAUUUCUUAAUUCUGAAACAUCUUGCCCCAAGGGUUUCAGAUAAAGGACUGUGGACCUCUAUCAUCUGUUAAGUAAUUUAGAAGAUAUUAUUUGUUUUAAAAAAUGUAAAAUGCUUUUAUAUUCUAACAGUUUUUCACUUUGUGUAUUAAAUGGUUUUUAAAUUAC